AGUUGAAUGCUUGUCCAAUGGGGGCAAAGCCUUCGAGUACCUUUAUUAAUUAUACAUGAUAUUUUGGACUAAACGUAACAACAUAGGAUUGGGAUUUGUUUUUAAUUAUUUACAUAAACGCUGAUGGAACGGAAAAUUGACCGUUAGAGGUCGCUGUGGCAAAAGUUAAUCGCGUUUGGUUUGUUUUGAAUCAAAAUGUCGCGAUAACUCACCGGAACUCGAUUCAAACUGCGGCGCGUUGAGACGGACGAUAGGUUUGUGGAGAAGAUUCUCUGACGCUUCCAAGGCCAAAACCACUGCUGGAAAACCAAGAUGCCUCCAGAGGAGGAGAAUGAGCUGCUGCGUAGCCAGCUGAAGCAGAGCGAGGAGCAGGCCCGUCGGGCCGCCCAGGCAGGUCUGGACCUGCUGAAGCAGCAGGACGAGCUCCAGGAGCGGUUGGAGGAGCAGAGGGUGGAGAUGACCAACGCUCUGGAGGCUCUGGAGCAGGACAAGUACUCCCUGCAGAAGGAGGUGGAGCUGAAGACCCGGAUGCUGGAGUCUUUGCAGUCGGAAUACGAGAGCAUGAAGAACCUGCAGAAACAGCAGCUUCAGGAACAUCAGGAACAUCUGGAGAGGAGCCACAGCGUGGCUCUGACUGAGCACCAGAACAAGAUCCUGACGCUGCAGUCUGCUGUGGAGGAGUUCCAGCUGAGUGAAAAGCAGCUGAAGCAUAAGCUGGAGGUGCAGGCCGAGAUGCUGAGCAGCAAGAUGGAGGAGCUGCACGCGCUGAACGAAAACACCCAGAGCUCCAUGACGAUGGAGAUGAUGGAGGUGCAGCUGAAGACCAUGGAGCUGGAGAGCGCUAAGGUGGAGCUGGAGCAGACCCUGCAGGAGAGUCGCUACAGAGGGCAGCAGCUGGAGCUGAGCAACAGCCAUCUGCAGAGACAGGUGGAGCGCCUCACCGAGGAGAGGGAGAGGGAAGCCGUGUCCUGGUUCAACGCCCUGGAGAAAUCUCGAGAACUAAACCGGGAUCUGCAGAUCCAGUUGGAUCAGGUUCUUCAGCAGGCCCAGGACCCAAACAGCCGGGGCAAUUCUCUGUUUGCUGAGCUGGAGGAUAAGAGAGCUGCAAUGGAGAGACAGCUCAUCAGCAUGAAGGUGCAGCAUCAGUCGCUGCAGAAAAUGCACACCUUCAGUAAGCAGCAGAUGCAGCGCAUGAAGGUCCAGAUCGCCACUCUGAUGCAGCUGCAAGGCUCCAGGGCCGACCCUGCUCAGCUGGAGAGGCUGCAGUCCAUGCUGUCGGAGAAGAACGCCGAGAUCCAGAGUCUGAUGACCAAACUACAGAGGCUGGAGAAGAUGGAGACGUUGCUGAAGUCUCAACCAGCCAAUCCCGUCCAAGCAGAAUCAGUCGGUGGUCAGGAUGAAACGUACUACACUGACCUGCUCCAACUCAAGCUCAACAACUCUGUUAAGGAUGCCGAGCGGCUGGGAGAUGAGCUGUCCUUGCAGAGGAUGAAGUCUCUGUCAGAGAGCCAGAGAGCUCUGGAGCUGGAGAGGAAGCUGUUUACGUCUGAGCGGCUGCUCAAACAGGCUCAGAGUGACAAGAUCAAACUGCAGCUGCGUGUCGAGGAGCUUCAGCAGAAAUAUGAACCCAAAGAGGUGAAGAAGAACCCUAUCCAGAGGAAAAGAAAGGAAAAGCUUCCUGUCGAUGUGAAGCCUGAACCUGAUGGGAACGUUCACGGAGAGCAGGUUGUUGCCGUGGAGAUUGAGGAGACGGACAAUACGAAAUUGGGCCGUGAAGAUGAAAACAGCCCUGCAGAGAUAACAGCUGCUGCUCAAGCGCCUGAGCCUGAGCUGAAACCUGCCAAGUGUGUGAAGAUCAGCUCUGAUCAGCCUGAUGUGAUCCCCAGUCCCAGCUGGCCUGUAACUGACCAGAAGGAAGAGACAAAGAACAAUCAGCAGAACCAGGAAAUGAGGAGAAAGAAACCAAAAACAGAGGUGAUCUACGUCACUUCUAAUAACACCAUGGAGAACCAAUGCGCCCAGCAGUAGAUGUCUCCAUCACCCCAUUAAACAUGGAUGUGCGUGCGUGCGUGCGUGCGUGCGUGCGUGUGUGUGUGUGUGUGUAAUAGUGGAACUCUGGGGAGGCUCUAAAAUGUUUGUCGGAUAUUUCUGUUCCUAAGUUAUAACCAUGUUUUCCAGAACUUUACUGAACGUGUUUUGUUAGCGCUGUGUUUACAUAUUAAAGAAAUUACAACUUCUAACACUGUG